GGUUGGGCAAACUGUAGUGUUGAUCUCAGCGCGCAAAUUAAAGGUCCUACCGCCUUUUAAAUAAUUAAACUUUAUUUGUUGUGAUUUAUUUGAAAGUUGCUAGGUUGGGCAGAGAUAGGACAGGACAGUAAAUAAAAAGGAAGUAACGUUCGGGAACUCAUCGAAACGACGAAGGAAUAAAACAGACAGCCAUCCACAAUGGUCCUCAGUCAGUAUGAUGCGGGCAGGAGUUUGACGACUGCGGCGGCAAGGGGGGACACGAGUGAGGUCCGAAGGAUGCUUGAGGAAUGCAGAGUUCCCCCCGAUACUGUCAAUGAAUUUGGCAAGACCGCUUUACAGGUGAUGAUGAUGGGCAACGUCACCAUUGCCAAUUUACUACUGGAGCACGGAGCAGACCCAAACAUUCAGGACCGCCAAGGAGUGACACCAGCGCAUGACGCGGCGCGCACCGGAUUUCUGGACACACUCCGAGUCCUGGUGGAGUUCGGUGCCUCCGUCAACACACCAGAUCAGAGUGGUGCCCUGCCCAUCCACAUAUCCAUUCGAGAAGGCUUCCUGGAUGUGGUGGAGUUCCUGGCUCCACGCUCCAACCUCAAACACACCAACACCAGCGGACGCACUGCGUUGGAUGUGGCGCGAGAGUCGUGUACAGCCAACGUUGUGGAACUGCUGGAAAGGCAGUUGGAAUCCUGUGGCUUUCAGUCUUACUCCCCACCGACACCUCUAUAGUUGUAGUAGGCCGUAGUGUUUCUGUGGGACAGGAGCCGGACUUCCACCCCCUGCCCCCAUCCUCUCCUCCCAACCCAACCCACUCUCCUAUCAACCCAACCCACUCUCCUCUCGACCCUGGUAACUUGAAUUUAUUGCUGUGAGGGAUGAUUGUAGUAAUGGGUCAUGGCUGUUGUGGAAUCGGCCGACCGUUUUUUUUUGUCUUAGCAGCUUAUCGGAAUCAGUAAUCGGUGGACCUUUGGACACCUGUUUUUGCACAGUGCAAUUUAGGCACCUUAGAUGUUCCCUGUGAAUAGGGAGUGCACACUUGUAUAUAUUUUGUUUUUCUUUUGGAUUUUGUAUUACAUUUUUCCUCAUUUGUGGAGGAAAUUAACUUGUUGAUAUUUGUAACUUUAGUACUUUUUGACUUUAACUUUAUGAAUUUUGACGUGGCGUACCAUGAUGAUUGCGCUUUGCAUAGUUGUAUUUGUAUUUUUUAGCUGUAUUCUGAAUUUUUAAUUAAUCUAUUUAUUUAUGGAAAUAAUAUUUUGUAAACAGCUACAUUUAUUGUGAAAUGUUAUUCAUAGAAAUACAUGCUAAACUAAAAAAUGUACUCACUUUAUAUUGGAAGACAAAAUAAAGUGUUUUAAUUUAAAA